UGUCAUUAACACAGAUUAUUCUCCAUUUCAGACAUUUUUAUCUGCAACACAAACAAAAUCUAAUUAAAUCACUGAACAAUCACUACGUUGGAAAAAGAAGAUGCAGAUGAAGAAUGUCCUUUUUCCUUAAUUCCAUUCUUCCUUAGGCUUUAUCCAUCAUCCGCCAUAAAAAUACAAGCACCUCUAUCUUGAAAACAUUGUUACGAUACGAUUUAUUAGUGUUUAGUAUUGUUUGAUUAAGUUUUGAGCGGACUUUUUCAACAGUUAUGGAUAUAAAUAAUCCUCAAAGUCAAAGUUACUGGUUUGUGGUACGAGAAGACCAAAGUAAUGUUUAUAAUUUCACGAUACAAAAUCCGCCUCUUGCUAAUCAAGAGGCAAGAUAUAUUGUUGAUGCUGUAGACCAUCGACAGUAUAUUCAAAUAAAUGAAGCCCCAGUCGUCAUACCUGAGGAGACCAUACAAAACUGUGACAAGGAAGUUCCUAAACAAGAAGAAGAAAACUUCUGGGAUCGGAACAAAAUUAAGAUGUUACUCACACUUUGCCUUGAAAAUAGGUUUAAGAAUGCUACCAAAGACAGAAGCUUGUGGAAUGAAAUUGCCUGUUUAGUUGGAGCCACACCAGAUGAAUGUAGUAAAAAGUAUAAAAACCUUCGAAGGACCUACAUAAGACUAUUGAAAAAGAAAAGAAUGGGUAAGGAUAUCAAAUGGGUUCAUUUCAAUAUCUGUGAAGAAGUAUUCAAAGAAUGCAAAUCAUUGCCAUCUUCUAUCUUAGAGCCGUGGGAAGAUGGUAAAGUUAGGAGGCUGUUAAGUCUCUACAUAGAGAAUCUCAACAGAUUUCGGAGCUCAGAUUGUCUUCAAAAAGAAAUUUGGAAGGAUAUAGCCACAGCAUUGAACACAACAGAGUAUAAUUGCUACCAUAAGUUUAAGAAUCUAAAGAGAAAUUAUUUCAACUGCCUGGGACGAAGUCAAGAGAGUGGGAAACUAAUGAAAUGGCAAUACAGUCAGUAUUUUGAAAGAAUUUUCUACAACUACAACCCUACUGUGGGACCCUGGGACAGAGCCAAGACAAGCCAGCUGAUCCAGGCUUACAGCCAAGCGGCACACAAAUUCAGAAACCCUAGAUACCAAAAGAAAGAACUUUGGAAAGAAAUCUCAACAGUUGUAGGUGUGAGUCCUUUUCAAUGUGAUAAAAAGUUUAGAAAUUUAAAACAGACUUUUAUCAGAUUAAAAAUGAAAGCCAAUUCAGGAAAGUCCACAAAAUGGAGAUAUUAUAAGGAUUUUGAAACAAUCUUUAACAAGUCAUCAUACCCAUCUAACAAUGAUAAUGUAGUAGAAAAAGUAGUUUACAAGUAUCAAGAUGAUGAUUAUGUUGACCAGCUGCUAAAAUACUAUUUAGAGAAUAAGGAUAAGUUCAAUGAUCCACUUGUGAAGAAGAGGAAUGUAUGGAAGAUUAUUGCCUCUAGGUUGGGACUCGCUAUAGAAGAAUGUGAUAGAAAGUUUCGUAACUUGAAGCAAACAUAUAUGAGGUUAAGAGAGAAAAAGUUGGCCACUGGAAAGUGCAAUAACUGGCCUUAUUAUCACUUGUUUGAAAUGAUUUAUGACGAACCUAAGUCUUUAGGAACAGGGUACAGUCACAGUGAAGAAAUGGAGCAAAAGUUUGCUUCAGAAAUUAAAAGGGAGUUGAGAAAUAUGCAAGAAAAAAGGGAUAGAGAGAAAUUUGAAACACUUGUAAAAGCAAUAGAAGAGUCCAACAGUAUUCAGAGAGAAAGAAAUAGAAUUCUUCAAGCUUUAUUAGACAGAAAAUAAGAUGUUGACCAUAAUGAGUCACUGCUUCCAGAAAUCACCUCAGGUAAAUUGGGAAACAUUACAAAAAACAAAAGUAGUGGUU